AUAACAUUUACUGUGGAAAAAAAAUAAAAAAUUCCAAGCUGUGAAAUGUGCAGAUUCAAUCCAGAGAGAUUGGAAUACAUUCCAUAGAGUGGAAAAUUGUGCGACUGUGGGGAAAACGGCACGGGUAUGACAUUUUCACUGUUACAUCAGUUAAAUAGAAAACCUUAAUUGCGAAGGCAAUGAUAGACUUUUAUAGUUUUGUUCAAAGCCUCUUCAAAGUUCACAAGCAAUAGGUAGUGCCUUGAAUGCAGCGGCUUUUUUGCCAAAUGUACAGAAAAUAAAAAAUAAAGAGCAGUGAAAUUUGUUUAUAGCUCAAAAUGCAUGGGAGACCUCGAAAGUCGUCAGGCGAUGGAGAAAAAGACGUCGCAGAGGCAGCUCGUCUUCAGUCUCUGCAAACUCAGUUCUUCAAAAAUCAUCAUGACAAAAUAUAUAGUAAAGAAGCUCUUGAGAUUAGUGCCAGUCUCGCUGAAAUCAACCCUGAAAUUUACACCGUAUGGAAUUACCGCAAGAUGGCUGUAAAAUUUUUGUUGGAAUCUGAAGGCGAUGGUGAUGCAAUUAGGGAGAUCCUUAACGGAGAACUUCGCUUGGUAGAGAGAGCUUUGAAAAGGAACUUCAAGUCAUAUUGUCCAUGGUACCACCGCAAAUGGGUGAUUAACAUGGGUUAUUUGGAUUCCUCUUUAGACCGUGAAUUUCAGCUUUUAGAUCAGUUCCUUAAAGCAGAUGGCCGCAAUUUUCAUGGAUGGAAUUACCGCAGAUUUGUUGCAGCAUUAAAAAAAGUUCCUGAUGAGGAGGAGUUGAAUUUUACAACAAAGAAGAUAAAUGAAAAUUUCAGCAACUAUUCUGCUUGGCAUAACCGCAGUGUGCUCUUAUCAAACUUGCUUAAGAACAAAUUUGAAGAAAUCAAUUCCAAACAGGUGUUAACAGAGGAAUAUGAACUUGUUCAACAAGCUCUGUUUACUGAUUCAGAUGAUCAGAGUGGAUGGUUUUAUCAUUUAUGGCUUCUUGGCCAAACAGUUUCACAAAAUGGUCCAAGAUUAGUGGCAACUUGGCCUUCUAAUGGUUCAGAUCUGGCUAUACAAUUGCAAGAGCAGUCACAUAUACAUGUAACUUUUGAUAAUCCCUUUGGUACAGAUCAGUUUAUUUUUUCAGAAGGCAUUCCAUUAGUUCUUCAUUUCAGCGAGCCAGUAAAAGGUGUAAACUCUUCUACUAUUACAGUAAAUUCAUUGCUAGCUGAAAGUGAAGUCCUCUGGAAACCACUUUCUGCCUAUGGGUUAGAAGCUAAAACAUGGGUUGCAAUUUUGAGACUCCCACCAGAUUUCAAUACAAAUACAACUUAUACUGUUGAGGUUAAUGUAGAUUCUCUUGGAAUAAUCUCCUCAAAUGGGUGCAAUCUUGCAAGUCCUAUGGUACUGAAUUUUAGUUUGGAUGUUCAACUGGCGACAGCAAAUGACAUGUUACAGGAAUUGGAGACUGUCGAACUUGCUUGGGAAGGUGAAAUCUUUUCUCCUGUGGACAUUGGUCAGGAUAAAUUCCCCACAUUGUCCCAAUUUUGCCAGGAUAUUCAUAGCCCCGAAAGAUCAUGGCAUAAUGAAACAUUGGAGAGCGAAAUUAAGGUGUUCAGGGAGCUACUUGAAAUUGAGAUGGAUUCUAAGUGGGCAAAGCUUACACUUGCGAGGUUGUUGAUGGCUCAGGACACACUAUCAAGUGGUUCAAUAUUAGGAAAUACAAGAAUGAAUACAGAUGAAGUUUUGCAGUUGUUUAAUGAGUUAAUUGAUAUUGAUUCCUCACAUGCGAACUACUACAAGGACCAGUCCAGCUUGAUUCUCUUCGAUCAGGUAACUGGAAGCAAAGAAAAGCUACAGGAUUACAUCUGGGAGUCAGUCAGCAUAGAUUUCAUUUCACAUGGACAACAAAAUAUAUGGUUACGAUUAAAUGGAUUAUCGCUGUCCAGAAUUGGCUGCAUGGAGCGAUUACUGUGGCUGCAGAAUCUGGAUAUCAGUCAUAACAGGCUUCGAUCAAUAGAUGGACUGGAAGCUCUGCAGCUGCUAUCUUGCCUGAAUCUUAGUCACAAUCUCCUGCCCAAUUUUACUGCGCUUGCUCCUUUGAGACUAAUAAUGACAUUAACGGCAUUGAAUAUUGCAUACAAUGAAAUUGGAUCACAUUCUAUUGACACUACAAGGUAUUCCUUUCCGUCUGUUCUAAACAAUUCAUCUGCAAGCACCAAAGAGUUCAGUGGAGACAUGGAGCAAGACAAUCUUGAAUGUUCUUGGGAAAUCACAUUAAUGUUCAAGGGCUUGCAUCUUAGACAACUAGAUACUGCAGGAAAUCCUGCUAUUGAUGAAAACUGUAAAAUCUCGUUGAAAAAAAUUCUUCCAACACUUAAAUGGCUUGACGGGACACGUGUGGCUUAAAAGUGUUAUCUACCAGUGUAGCAUAUUUCUAGCCCCUGGAUAAAGCUCAGUCACAUGAUGGAUCUCAUCGAAUCUACUGUAAUUCACAACUUUCCAAAAAGUUCACAUUGUGGAUGGUUCUGAAGAAACAUCAUGCUUGCACAACAUUGAUUCUUCCAUGGAAGAUAAGCACAGGAAUUGUGCUAUACAUGCUAAAGCUAGUUAGAAAUGGCAGCCAUGGGCUUUUACUAAUGAUGGGCAAACCUCAUAAUUCUAAUGGUGGUGAAUGGUGUAGGACUUGCAUUGUACUUCUAUAUGAAUAUGAUUAUCAUUAAUAGUGGACCCUAACCAUAUUUAUUUAAAGACAGUCUAGUGCAAGUUCAUGGACAAUCUUCUUUUGGCAA